AUGAUCAAGAGCCAUGACUUGCCCACAAGGCGCGUGCUGGCGUUGUCGACGACCGGCGGGUUCACUCAUGCAGCUCCAGUCUUGGACAUUUGCCGUGUUCUAGCCGAUCGAGGUCACACCGUGGAGUUCGCAACACACAACGGCCAGGAGGUCUGGGUGAAGAACCCAAACUACACCUUCAUCAACAAAGUCCACCUCCUCGGCCCCGGGCCAACGCCCGAGCAAUACGCCGACCACUGGGAGCGCAUGGUGCGACUACCCGUCGAAGAGGCCCUCAGCAGCAGCCUCAUGUGGAAGUCCAAAUACCUCUGGGACUCGUUCUGGCCGGCCGCGUACCGCCAGCUGAAGCAGCUCUGCCGCGACCCCGAGACGCGUCCGGACUUCAUCGUCGCCGACUUCUUCGACGAGACCGUCGCCCGCGACAUGAGCAUCGAGUGCGGCGUGCCCAUCGCCGUCGUCUGGCCGCAGAUGCCGUACCUUCUCGCGCCCGCCUCUUACAUCCCCGGCCAGCCCGGGUUCCAGAUCGACCUGUGCCUGACCUCGGAGCGCGCGUCUCUCUGGUCGCGCCUACGGAAUGAGAUGGCUGUUGUAUGGGCGGCGCCUCAGUUUCUGAGAUGGACGCGCUGGUUCACGGAACUACGGCGUCGAGAGGGCGCUCGGUUUCCUGUCCUGCCCGGCGGCAACCGUCCGCAUCAUCUCGUGCUUGUGAACUCCUUCUUCGGCCUCGAGGCACCCAAGGAUCUACCGCCGCUCGUGGCUCCGAUUGGACCUGUUCUGUCAGAGGAGUACCCGGCGCUUGACGAGCUACAUGCUCGAUUUCUCGAGUCUCACGAUCGCGUUGUCUACGUUGGCCUGGGUACCAACGUCGUGCUGCCGGAGCCCAGCCUGCACAAGCUGCUUCAAGGUCUGGUACUCGCUUUGGAUGAGGGCCACAUCGAUGGUGUUAUAUGGGCGUUGAAUCAGAAGACACGCAAAACGCUCGACUUGGAGUACCUCGUAUCCCGCGCUGACGGAAAGGUCUUCACGUUGAGACAAGUGUUGGAUGACGCAAUGCCUGACUUCCUAACACCCGACUUCGCACCGCAACGCGCCAUUCUGGAUCACAGUCACACGAGACUGUAUCUCACCCACGCCGGCGGUUCAUCGGCCAACGAAGCCGCGUACCACGGUGUCCCCGUUCUGGUUUUGGGCUUCAUGUUCGACCAGCUCGCAAACGGAUUGCGUCUCGAGGAAGCCGGAUGUGGUUUGCGACUCGACAAGACCACCUUCACGGCAAACGAGGUGUCUAGGAGCGUUUCCAGUCUCGUCAAUAGUGGUAAUGAUGCCCUCAUGCGCAACGUCGAGCGUAUGAGGCGUGUUGCCACAGUGGCUUCUCGCAGGAAGGGCCUCGCCGCUGACUUGAUUGAGGAAGUGAUGUUUGAUCAUGAGCUGCGCAGCCCGGAGCGGCCUAUGCAUCUUCAGACUGCGGAUAUGCGUAUGCCGUGGUGGAAGGUGCGUAACUUGGAUCUUGGUCUCUUUGCAUUCACUGCAUUCGUCGGGCUGCCUGUUGUCACUAUGUUCGGCAUCCGGCUGUCCUCGCGCUCCGAGACGCGGGAAAAGGCCUCAGCAGCCAUUUUUUAG